AUGAUCAACGCUUUUCUGGUCUUCAACGGCCAGGGUCAGCCUAGGCUGACCAAGUUCUACACCCAGCUGGAAACGAGCAUGCAACAGCGCCUGAUUUCCGAGAUCUUCACCCUCGUCUCGAACAGACCGUCCGGCUCCUGCAACUUUCUCCCGCUCCCGCCCCUCCUUGCCGCCUCCGGCACCUCCCACUCGUCCUCCGAAGAGCAGAACGACGUCCCCUCCCUCGUCACGUACCGCAACUACGCAACCCUCUACUUCAUCGUCAUCUCCACGUCCACCGAGUCGCCCCUCGCCUUGAUCGAUCUGAUUCAAGUCUACGUCGAGGCCCUCGACAAGCUGUUCGAGAACGUGUGCGAGCUGGACCUCAUCUUCAACUUCGAGUCACUGCACGCGACGCUGGGCGAGAUGAUUGUAGGAGGCGUCGUCAUCGAGACGAAUCUCGACCGCAUCGUCGCCGGCGUCAGGGCGCAGGGAACCGUGGCCAAGCGACCGGUCAACGAGGGAAGGGGCGCCGGUCUCGGCGGUGGUCUGGGGAUGGGAGGCAACUUUGUCUGGCACGGGAGGUAA